CGGGCCGGGUAGAGAGGCCCAUAUAAAAAUCGGCCCAACAUCAUCAGUGACGCAGCGGGUUGUGUUUCUCUUUCGCGGUCAGCCACGGAGACGAUCGACAACCCCGCGCCCGAUGAUUCAGCUGCACAGCUGUGACCAACUCACCGCUUACAGCUCCCUCGACCGUCUGCCUCACGGCUUCGCCUAGCCGCACUACCGCACCCGUACGUCGUAUUCUCGGAUUCCGUAUUCUGACUAAAUACUCCGUCUACUCAGCCAUCCAUCCAGAUCCGAAUCUGCAAUAUGGUUUACAUUACUUCUUGGGAUGAGUUUGCCGAAAGAUCUAUUCAGCUAUUUCGUGUUGAUCCUGAACAGACGCGGUAUGUUAUGAAAUACCGGCAUUCCGAUGGUAAAUUGGUUCUCAAAGUGACUGACAAUAAAGAGUGUAUAAAGUUCAAGACCGACCAAGCUCAGGAUGCGAAGAAAAUGGAGAAGCUAAAUAAUAUACUCUUCACUCUAAUGGCUCGUGGACCUGAUGCGGAUAUAUCAGAUGUAGGUGGAAAGGACCAGCAAGAGAAUCAGCCUGCCAGGAGAGGGAGGGGAAGGAAACAAUAGCUACCAUCAUUUUUUACAAACACUUAUAUACUAGGUACCUGAAAACCCAGUGUUAUCUAUUUUCACCAACCUCAUUAUUCUUGCAUUGACCCACCCCCAAAUGUUGCUACAAAUCGAUGCUUUGUCGAAUGUGAACUUGUUAUAUAUUGAGGGCUUCUGU